UCGUCAUUCCAUUGCUUUAGCUAGGGUAGGUGGAUCCUGUCACUGCUACUGCUUUCAGCUCUGACUGUCUCUGUGGACCUGCUGCUGAAGAAAACCAACCAUGGCACUGAACAGAAAGAGUAGGGUGUUUGUUAUCGGCGUGGGCAUGACAAAGUUUGACAAGCCUGGAGCCCGAGGCGACUAUGAUUACCCUGACAUGGCCAAGGAAGCAGGUCAGAAGGCACUAGCAGAUGCAGGUGUCCCAUAUUCUGCCAUUGAACAAGCUUGUGUAGGAUACGUCUAUGGUGACUCCACCUGUGGGCAGAGGGCCAUUUACCAUAGCCUCGGCCUGACCGGGAUCCCCAUCAUCAACGUCAACAACAACUGUUCCACAGGCUCCACUGCACUCUUCAUGGCUCGCCAGCUCGUCCAGGGAGGUCUUGCUGACUGUGUGCUUGCCCUCGGGUUUGAGAGGAUGGAGAAGGGCUCUUUGUCCUCAAAGUAUAUGGACAGGACCAAUCCUAUGGACAAGCACAUGGAGGUGAUGAUCAACCGCUACGGGAUGGUGGCAGCUCCAGCAGCACCACAGAUGUUUGGCAAUGCUGGCAGAGAGCACAUGGAGAAAUACGGCACUAAACCGGAACACUUUGCUAAAAUUGCCUGGAAAAACCACAAGCAUUCUACCAACAACCCGUAUUCCCAGUUCCAGGAUGAGUACAGUUUGGAGCAGGUGAUUAACUCCAGGAAGGUGUUUGACUUCCUUACUCUGCUGCAGUGUUGCCCUACAUCAGAUGGUGCCGGAGCAGCAGUUUUGGCCAGCGAGGCUUUUGUCAGGAAACACCAUCUGGAGAACCAGGCAGUGGAGAUUGUGGCCCAGGAGAUGGUGACUGACCUUGCCUCCACGUUUGAAGAAAACAGCUGCAUUAAGAUGGUGGGAUAUGACAUGUCUCAGUCGGCUGCAAAAAAGUGUUAUGAAGCUGCAGGUCUGAAGCCCAGUGAUGUUGAUGUGGUCGAGCUGCAUGACUGCUUCUCAGCCAAUGAGCUCAUCACCUAUGAGGCUCUGGGGCUGUGUCCACAGGGUAAAGCAGGAGAGAUGAUUGACAGAGGGGACAACACAUAUGGAGGCAAGUUUGUUGUCAACCCCAGUGGUGGUCUCAUCUCUAAAGGACAUCCUCUGGGCGCCACAGGUCUGGCCCAGUGUGCAGAGCUGUGCUGGCAGCUCCGAGGGCAGGCAGACAGGAGACAGGUCCCAGGGGCAAAAGUGGCCCUGCAACACAACAUUGGCUUAGGAGGAGCCGUGGUUGUCACUCUCUACAAGUUGGGAUUCCCUCAGGAGGCCAGUUCCCACAUAGGUGCAGUUCCCACCAGCUCAUUUGACGGUCUUGAUGGGUUUAAAGCUUACCCUGUCUUCAAAGAGAUAGAAAAACGUCUACAGGAGGAAGGAGAGCAGCUUGUCAAGAAGAUUGGUGGAGUGUUUGCCUUUGUAGUAAAGGAUGGACCAGAUGGGAAAGAGGCGACCUGGGUCGUGGAUGUGAAAAAUGGCAAAGGUUCUGUCACAAGUGAUCCAGGUAAAAAGGCAGACUGCACCUUAUCCAUGAGUGACGGUGAUAUUUUGGAUCUGAUGACAGGAAAGUUGAACCCACAAACGGCGUUCUUCAAAGGGAAACUGAAGAUCACUGGGAACAUGGGCAUAGCUAUGAAGCUGCAGAACCUGCAGAUAACACCAGGCAAGGCCAAGCUGUGAGACGGUUAGCUAGCUUUUUGUCCUCUGAGGACAACUUAAUUCCUCCUAAUCAACAAGCUCAUUGAUUACUUUGAUAACGCGUUUGAUCUUGAUUGACAAUUCAUAAAAUUUCAAUUCCAGCUGCUACUUGGAUAUCAGAGCUAACUCACCGCACAGUAUAUACAUAAUUGUUAAUAUCCUGGUAUAUGUUGUUUAAUCUUCUUGACCCAUCAUCUUUUAUUCUGAUAUGAAUUCUGAUGUUGCUCAUAUGCAACAUCAUGUAGUUAAAACACUCAAUGUGCCUCUAAUUUCUGUCUAUAAAAUCUUUUGGUAAACUUAUGGUUUAAAGCCAUUUUUGGCCUCAGCCAUUUUGAUAGAUGAUUUUGUAUAGAAUAUAUGUAUGUAAAUGAUAGGAGUAAUCUAAUAAA